AUGGSGUCCACUGCCAAGAGCUGCUUGGUAAAUGGAAGAAAGGUGCUGAAAGCUCGCGUGAAGCAGCUGCAAGGCGGCGAUGCCCCGGAGGUGACAGUGAACAAAGCGGAGCUGGCUCCGCUGGGGAAGGACAAGGGCCGUGUUCCAGGGCCCGGGGCGGCAGCGCCGGGCCCGGCCGGGGAGCAGCCCGUCCCCAGGGGCAAGGAGGAGAGAGCGGCCCGGCCCAGGCCCUGGGCCGAGAAGCUGAAGAAGGAGAUGUACGUCAGGCAGCUGAGUGUGGAGAGGAAGUUAUCCGCCCAGCUAGCAGAGAAACAGGCCAAGCCGAGGAGCAAGACCAAGGGCAAACCCAAGGAGAGCGCGAGGGCGGCCGCGAUGCCCACGUGGAGCCAGAGCCCCGCCGGCCUCAGCGCUGCCUUUGCCCACAAGCCAAGCAAGGCCAGGCCAGCAGAGGCGGAGGGUGCGAAGAAACAGAGGCCGCGGAGUAUGCUGGAGGACAAGGAGAGCAGCCAGUACAAGGUGGCUGAGCAGACCAUCCUUUCCAACCUCGAGUGCUUGCAGUUCCUGCAGCGGCCAGAGGAGGCUGAGAAGCUCCUUCUCACGUACCACAGGUCCGCUGCGAAGAGGAGGAUUUUGAAUGUUGCUGCCUACAACAUAGUGAUGCGGAGCUGGGCGAAAAAGGGCUGUUUGCCCCGCAUCGACUGGCUGCUUUCCAAGCUGCAGUCCAUCGGCCUCAGGCCCAACCUGGAUUCCUAYGCGGCACAGCUGGAGUGCAUGGGCCGGGACGGGUCUUCCAGCCAAGCCGUCCGGAGUUGUGUGCAGCGGCUGAAGAAAGACGGUUUCCGUGUGGAUGAGCUCUUCCAAAAGUGCCUGUUUGAAGAAGACGAGAAGGAGGCGGUUCUGAGCGCCAUCAGGAAGAUGCAGCCCGAUUAUGAGCUUCCCCCUCCGCCCAAGCCCGAGACCUGCAGGUCUUCACUGCUCCACGACUUCUACUCCAAAAAGAGGAACAUGUCGUACCCCAAGCUGGAUUUCUCUGUGCAAGAGCUGCAGAAGCGCUUCGAGCAGCAGCUGGAGAUGGAGAUGAGCAACACCAUAACGGUCAAAUCYGUGGAAGCCACCAAACCUAUGACCCCCCAAGCCACGAAAGCACGUGAGCUGUUGGCCARCCUUCGCUCCCAGUGGCACGACUCCAUCCUCCAGGCCCUGCAGAAGUCGAAGCACAGCCUGUCCAAGGCCAGCAUGUCAGGGUCCAAAAUGCUCUACCCCUACCUGUGCCUGCUGCCUGACGAGGAGUAUGUGAGCAUCAUGAUGGAGGUCAUCAACACCCUCUCUCCGCAAGGAAUGUCCCUGGCUUUCUUGGCCAGAGAGCUGGGCUCAAAAAUCUACAACAGGUACAUUACGCACAGGAAGAUGCGCAGCCGCCAGUUGGAGAAGGUCCAGAAGGUCUAUGAGGGCUACAUCCACCUGCUGGCCAAGGACAGCCAGCCUGACAACUACUUGCCACGGGAAUACUGGGAGAAGCUGGUGACAGAAACCGGCUUUGGACCUUCGCUCAGCUUGAAGGACUGCAACUGGCCCUACAUUCUCCACAUGCGUCUGGGCAUGCACCUGCUGGAGCUCCUUGUGCAGUCUGUCAAGGUGCCCAGGAACAUCCUCAAUCCCCGCUUGGAGUCCAAGCUUAUCCCUGUCCUCUACCACAUCUACUCCUUCCGCAACAGCUGGCAGGUUGGGCUGGUAAAGCCCCACCCAGUCUUGUCCCAGCUUAUGUCAGAUGCUGCCGAGACCACCCUGACCUUCAACUCCAAUGUCAUACCCAUGCUGUGCCCCCCAAUACCCUGGACUUCGCCYCACUUUGGUGCCUAUAUCUUGAAUGACACCAAGCUGAUGCGCUACCUAGAUGGGGCCAUCCAGCACCAGGUCCUCCUGGACCAGUGUCCUCAGGUGAACCUCCACCCGGUGCUGGAUGCCUUGAACCAGCUGGGGAACUGCGCUUGGAAGAUUAACCAGCCAGUGCUGGACAUCAUCAUCUCCAUCUUUAAUGACAAAGGCGACGAGAAGCUGGAUAUCCCACCACCCAUCUCUGAGGCUCCCAAGCCUCCUCCUGCUCCCAGCAAUUCCUCUCUGUUGAACAAGGCCCAGAAGCAUGAGCUGAUGCUGUGCAAGAAGAAGGCAGCUGAAAUGCACAGCUUGCGCAUGGAUGCGCUCUACAAGCUUUCCAUUGCCAACUACGUCAGGGACAAGGUGUUCUGGUUCCCCCACAACAUGGACUUCCGAGGCAGGACUUACCCUUGCCCGCCUUAUUUCAACCACCUGGGUAACGAUGUCACCCGCGCCAUCCUGCUCUUCGCGGAGGGAAGRCCACUAGGGCCCAAAGGCCUUGACUGGCUGAAGAUCCACCUCAUUAACCUCACGGGGCUCAAGAAGAAGAAUGCCUUGCAGGAGCGGCUGGAAUAUGCCAAUGAAAUCAUGGAGGACAUCCUGGACUCGGCUGACCACCCGCUCACGGGCAGGAAGUGGUGGAUGAAGGUGGAUGAGCCCUGGCAAGCCUUGGCAUGCUGCAUGGAAAUCGCCAAGGCCUCGAGGUGCCCGGAUCCCGCAGCCUAUGUCUCGCACUUCCCUGUUCACCAGGACGGCUCCUGCAACGGUCUGCAGCACUAUGCAGCUCUUGGCCGGGACCUCAUUGGUGCCAUCUCUGUCAACCUGAUGCCUUGCAGUGUCCCCCAGGAUGUCUACAGUGCGGUGGCCCAGCAGGUGGAGGAGUUCCGCAAGAAGGACGCCCAGCAGGGCGUGAGGAUCGCCCAGGUGCUGCAGGGCUUCAUCAGCCGCAAGGUGGUGAAGCAGACGGUGAUGACCGUGGUGUACGGCGUCACGCGCUUCGGCGGCCGCCUCCAGAUGCAGAAGCGGCUCAAGGAGAUCGACGACUUCCCGGAGGAGUACUUGUGGGAAGCGUCUCACUACCUCGUGAAGCAGGUUUUCAAUGUCAUCAAAGAGAUGUUCUCUGCAACUCGAGACAUCCAGCACUGGCUGACGGAGAGCGCCAAGCUCAUCGCCAAGUCGGGACAGACCGUGGAGUGGGUCACGCCGCUGGGUCUGCCCAUCGUGCAGCCCUACUACCGAGCCAAGUCCACGGUGCUCAAUUGCAGUAUGCAGAACUUGAGUGUGAAGAAUGCCAGCAACAGCCAGAAGCCUGACACAGUGAAGCAGAAAAACGCUUUUCCACCCAACUUCAUCCACUCGCUGGACUCCACGCACAUGAUGCUCACGGCUCUGCACUGCCUCGGGCAGGGUCUCACCUUUGUCUCGGUGCACGACUGCUACUGGACUCACGCGCUCACCGUGGAUGUCAUGAACCAGAUCUGUCGGCAGCAGUUUGUGUCCCUGCACAGCGAGAAGAUCCUGCAGGACCUGUCCGAGUUCAUGCUGCGGAAGUACUGCAGUUCCCCCGUCCUGGAUAGUGAGAGCAAAGCCCUUCUGCAGAAGAAGCUGAUGGAGCAGCUGUCGAAUGUGCCCAAGACAGGUGAUUUCAACCUGAAGAAGGUGAUGGAAUCCACCUAUUUCUUCAGCUGAGGCCCUGGACCAGCUGAGCUCUGGCUGACCGGACCAGCGAGAGCCGCCUGUCCUGGAGGGUGGCCGGGACAUCCCUGGCCCUGCUGCGCCCGCUGG